AUGGAGUACAGUGCAUCAAUUAAGGGUUUACAGGCGUCCCCUCGUCUUACGAGCAAGUGUGCUUCUUCUGGAAUUUCACGGGUCAGAAUUGGAGUGAGGCCAAAGCAUUCGACAAGUAUUAGGGCAUUUCAAUCUCAAAAUGCUUCCUUUCCUUCGUCUUCUUCAUUGUAUGAUGUUCUCUGUGUCUCUCCCGACGUCAGUGCGAGUGAUAUAAAACGCGCAUACCGUAGAAUGGCUCUCAAAUACCAUCCUGAUGUCUGCCCUGCUGCAGAGAAGGAGGAGUGUAGCAAAUUGUUCCUUCAAGUUCAGGAGGCUUACGAGACUCUGUCGGAUCCUCUGCUCCGCCAGGAUUAUGAUUGGAGACUGCAGAACAUGUUCACAGUAGGCGAUUACGAAGGCAGAUUGGAGAGCAGUCAUGUGUGGGAAGCUCAGCUGAUGGAGUUGAUUAGGAGGAGAUCGGGAAAUAACUCGUCGUCAUGGGGUAGCAGAAUGAGAAGACGAAAUCAAGAGGGGGCUUAUGCUUGCUUUUGA